AUGAAGACCGCCGUCGCCCUCGCCCUCUGCCUCGUCGCCACCGCCGCCACCAGCGACGACGAGCAGGCCCAGGCCCGCGCGCGGCUGCUCCUCCAGCGGGCCGUGGAGAAGGUGCGCGCCGGCGUGGAACAGGGCGUCCAGGGCCGCGCGCCCGCCGCGACGGCGGGCGCCGGCGGCGCCCGCCGCCUGGCCGGCUCCGCCCACGCCGGCGUCAUCAGCCGGGCCGUCUACCCCGAAUCGGACACGACGUGCGCGACGACGCCCAUGCGCUGGGACGUCGAGAUGCCGCACGUUUUCACGGACGGCGAAUGCGAGAGCUUCACCCUUGGCGGGCAGACACUCUCGACCCGCAGCACGUGCGCCUCGGCGACGAGCUACUCGAGCAACCUUUACUCGGGGGGCUCCUGCUCCGGCACGCUCUUUGAUACGGAGGAGGUGACGGACGACGCCUGCGCGCCGAACUAUGACGCCUCCAACUCGUACUCGUACUCGUACUCGUUCUCGUUCUCGUACGGCGACCUGGACGGCUACGCGAAGUGGGGCUGCGAGGCCAUUCCCGCGGCCGACGUCGCGGCCACGAUUACGUAUCACAUCGACUCCGUCACGUGCGACGACGCCGCGCCCAAGAACUACCAAGUCUGGCACGCGGGCUGCCAACCUCAAGGCCAGACGUCGGUUAAGUACUCGUGCGACGCGACCGAUGGUUUCCGCGUCAAGUUUUACACGAACGCCGACUGCUCGGGCAGCCCGAACGCGGAAGUGACCGCGUUCCAAGCGGACACGUGCAAUCAAGGCAUGAAGGUGACCUGCGGGUGCGCGGCCGGCGUCGGCUGCUCCACCUCGGUGGUGGACGUGCCGACGGCGGCGCCGACGAAAGUCCCGACGUCCCAACCGUCGCGCGAGCCGACGACCAAUCCGACGCUCGUCCCGACGCCCGUGCCGACAUCCAUGCCGUCGGCCGUGCCGACGCCCGUGCCGGCGUGCUGCGUCGAGCACCAAUUUACCGAAAACGGGGAGGUGGAAGGCACGACGUGCUACGGCGGCCGCUCGCCGUGGGACGCCGCCACCAUGACCGACCUGUGUACGGCGGGCUAUUCGGAGUACGGCGCGGCGGCACCCCCCUUCCGCGAUUGCAGGCAGGAGGCGGUUGACUCGGGGAACUGCGGCACGUACGAGAUGUGCGUGGAGUGCGAGAAUUGGUGGGACUGGGCCGAGGGCAAGUACUGGGCGAACGUCGGCUACGAAGCGUGCCCCGACUGGGUGGUCGACGCCAUCAACGCGGAGGGGGCCACCGGCGGCCAGUGCGCGGAUUGGGUCCGCGACGGCUACUCGUAUCCCUCCGGUUCGUGCGGGGACCACGCCUGGGGCGCCGAUCGCGACGGAUACUCCAAGUGCGCCUGGCUGGGUAGAGAGCCCUAUCCCGAGGGCGACCCCGGCCUCCACGUAAUGGGGGACGACGCGGAGAUGUGCUGCCCGAGCGAGGACUGGAGGUGGGCGAACGGCUGUCGCCCGGACUACUGCACGUCCUCGGGCAACGACUGCUACGCCUCGAUGGACUGGGGCGAGCCGGCGACCUGCUCAAACGGCUACUUUCCGACGCCGCCGAACCCGACUACGGACGACCCCGAGUACACGUGCUGCCCGAGCGCGACCAGUUAUCCCGCCGGUUCGUGCGGGGACCACGCCUGGGGCGCCGAUCACCCUUGGAGUAUUUCCAAGUGCGCCUGGCUGGGUAGAGAGCCCUAUCCCGAGGGCGACGCCGCCCUCUACGCAAUGGGGGACGACGCGGAGACGUGCUGCCCGAGCGCGGACAGCUGCUUUGUCCUCGUGGCGUUCGAGCCCGAUCCAGCCACCCAGGCAAUGUUGGGCCUGCCAGGCGGGGAGUUCUCGGUGGGCUUGAACGAUGCCGGCAAAAGCUACCACCCCGAUGAGGGCGGAAACGUGCACAGCAACACCUUUUUCACGGUGCAAACGACGGAGGGCACGAAGAUGCUUCAUCGCAGCACGGACAACAACAUAGUUUUCCCGGACCUGCCGGACGAGUGGACGACGGACGCGACGCGGCCACCUCACAUCGAGGGGGAUUUCCUCAUCAACGUCGGUCUGCACGUUCACUGCCAAGACUACGCGCCGGGCGCCUUUGUGAAAGCGCUCGGGAAUGUGGGCUCCGCCGGGAGCUGGGUCGUCAACGGUGACGGGACAAUUUCGCCGUUUGAUGCCCCGCACCUCAUUCUUGGCUGGGGCGACUUCACCACGGCUAGUGGGUCGUGCGGGGCCGACAACAUGAACAUGGACCCGCAACCGAACAACCUCGUCCUCCUGGACUCCGCGACGGCGCUCGGGUGCGAGGCCGCGAGAGAGGCCGAUCCCGCUCAGAUGUGCGCGCCGGUCUUCCGCGCGAGAGGCGUCGACUGCGAUGACGCCGGCCACGACCAUGGCAGCGCCUGCGACGGCAUCCACCUCGAGGCUGGGAUGGGCGAGGUCUGCACCUGGGUGCAUCAUGAGGACCACGGCUGCCCGAUCGUGAACACCCAGUUGUGGGACAGCGAGCUCUGGAGCUGCGACGAUCUGUGCGGCAGGGCUGGCGGGUGGUGCGAGCGCGCGGCUUACAUGACCAACAAUCACUGCGGGUCGGACCAGGCCUGGGAGUACGAGCUCUCGUGCGACCAGGGCAUUCGCGACAUCCGGACGUGGGGUGGUGAGCCGUCUCACACCUUGUGCUGGUGCCGGGCCGACUGGUGGCACUACUACGACGAAGACGACGACGACGACGACGGGUUAGGCGGCGGCUCGGAGCUCGUCAUGUCCGGCGGCCUCGUCGCGAUCGGGCUCACGUUCACGGGCAUCACCAUCGCGACCAUCGCGAACCUGAUGCAGGAGCAGUGCGCCCUGGGCCCGACGAUCAUCUUCGAGGCCGGCACCACCCACCCCUACUACAUCAGCCCCAACCUCUGCACGAUCGGCACGCACACGUACGCCUCCAAGAAGACCGUGCGCGACGCGUCGCCGCGCAAGGUCUGCCGCAAGUUCUGCGAGGCCGCGUCCGCCGCCGGGAAGCUGGCGCUCAAGCACGUCCAGGGCCUGACCUGCUACUGCAAGCGGCGGUAG